GGGGAUAGUAUUAGGGUCAGUCAAAUUAAGUUUUUCCACAGUGAAUUGCUACUUCUUAUUAAGAUUUGAUAUCAAUUGAUUCAAUUCAAAUUCAAUUGCAAACUGGUCACUCAAACUUACAUCUCCACACACUUGCAAAGCUUACACAAACUCCACAACUAACCCUUACCCCACGAAAAUGAAACUGAAAUUUAUUAAACCACUUCAAGAAUUUAUAGCAUCCAAAUCUGAUUUUAGUGUACUUUACCAUACAUCCCCGGAAUUCAUCACGCCAGCUACUCAAAGAAUAUGUGUUUUGGAUUCCUCAUUUAACCCACCACAUUUGGGUCAUUAUGCCUUGGUUGAAGAAUCUCUCAAGAACACCUUUGGUUCCGUCGGCCAGAGCAAUGAUAACAAGAUUGUCUUGCUAUUAUUGUCAAUCAAGAAUGCUGAUAAAGCUGCUCCUAAACCUGAAUCGUUAGAACAUAGGUUACAAAUGAUGUAUUUGAUGGCCAAUGAUAUAUCCAAAAAGUGGAACAUUUCCGUGUCUAUAGGUGUUACCAAACAUGCCAAAUUUGUUGAUAAAUCGGUAUCUUGUUUAAACUUUAUUAAACCUUCCAGCACAUUGAAAUUGACUUUCUUGGUUGGAUUUGAUACCUUAGUACGAAUUCUUAACCCCAAAUAUUACUUACCGGAUAAAUUAUCAACUUCCUUAGAACAAUUUAUGAAAUCUACCGAUUUAUUUUGUCUUACACGUGUUGAUAAAGACAUCACCAAUGAUGAACAAAACAAUUAUCUUGAAGAGAUCCGAGGUGGUAGACAUGAAGAUAUUCCUUCCCAUUGGGGCGAAAAUAUAUUCUUAGUUAAGAACUUCGGCGAUGAUAUCGCCAAUAUUAGUUCUUCAGAAAUCAGAUUACAAAUUUCGCAAGGCAAUGAUGAUUGGAAAUCUAAAGUUGUACCGGAAAUUCGUGACUUUAUUGUAAACAAUGACUUAUAUAAAAGUACUUAAAGAAAUAAAACUAUAGGAUGAAUCGAUAAAUUAAAGCAAC